AUGGCGACACCGGCGACAACCCUCCCUCCCUCCCUCGUCCUCUGCAUCCCUCCCUCCUACGCCCCCAUCGCCUCUCUUUCUCCCCCCGCCCGCCCCGUGCCCGUUUUCAACAAUAGGACCGCGCGGCGAUUCCCGUGCCGGGUCGCCCUCUCCACCGACCUCUCCUCCUCGUCGGAGAUAGAAGAGGAAGAGCAGCGGGCGGCCGCUAAGAUCGGGAAAAGGGUUCGCGUCACGGCGCCCCUCAGGGUUUACCACGUGCAGAAGGCGCCCGACCUGGAUCUCAACGGCUUGGAAGGAGUAAUCAAGCAGUAUGUUGGGGUCUGGAAAGGGAGAAGGAUCUCCGCCAAUCUCCCUUUCAAGGUCGAGUUCCAAAUCGCUGUCCCAGAGCAGCCUCGCCCUGUGAAGGUCGUCUCUCAUCUCAAGGAGGAAGAAUUCGAGUACCUGUAAAGAUUCAACAUUUCCGGAUUGUAGCAAGAAGAGAGAUGCUUCCAGUCGACAUAUAUACUUUCCUUUAGCUUUAUGAAACAUCUGUCUGUAAAUCGUUGUUCAUCAAUCAUACUGAAUCUUAUAGAAGAAAGAUCUAGGUGGCUUUGAGGAUGCCAUGAAGUGAAGUGAUUGAGUAGUCAUUCACAGGUCAGAACCCACAAAACAUGACUCGAUCCAUGUGAAUGAAUGAGCCAUAAAGGGGGCAACGGUCACCUGCAACGUUCCUCUCUGCUCUGCUUGCUGCCGUCCGAUAAUUAAUACGAUCUACUGCACCUUCAACCUUCGGCGAUUUCACUUCACUAGGCCUGAUGCUGCGAUCUCUGAAGAAGCUCAAGCUCUGGUCCUUUCUCAAGAAGCGAACCAAGUCCGAUAACUCAUCUCGACGUCGCUGCUCUUGCUCUGCUUCUCGUCCGCCGCCGCCGCCGCCACAGCGGCUUCUGGCGGAGUCUUCAGCUCCGCCGCUGCUGCUGCCACCGCCAACGCCACGGCCGGUGUCUUCCUAUCAGCAGUACCUGCUGCCUUCCCCUGUUUUCACGGCGACGAUGCAGCAGCAGGAGGAGGGCGUGUACUGUGGGUGCUUCACCGGCGUUGCGACUUUGGCUGCUCUGCUCAGAUGCUGCUGCUUGUGUUGUCUUCAUCAAUGGCCUUCGUAAACUCGUACUCCUCCAUUAAUGGCUUCAAUGAUGGGAAGGAUCGCAUCGUCUUCUUUCGAGGAGAUUUAAGUGAUAUUAUUUUGUGAAAUAUCCAAUGAAAGUCCUUUGAUUUGUAGAUCUUUCAGUCAGACGCAACAAAGGAUCGACUAUUUCGAAAUUUAUGAAGAUUAAA